AAUGUCGUCUUUACACUCUUGCACUGUGUUUUACAACAUUUAUUGAGUUGAAUGCUGCUGAAACGUCUUCCAAGCAAAGACUGUGUCAAGAUUAGUUAGUAUGCAAGAAGAACAACACAAAAUAUCUCAUACUUUAUCAUAUUCAGUUAUGAAAUAUGUCCUUUGUAAUCAUUGGUUCCCUGUUGUUUGUCUUUGUUCUCCAGUUCAUGAAUGACGUGAUCAUUUAAUGAUUGGGGUUAACAGUUGCAUCAUAAUUGGUUAUUUCAAAAGUUAGCAAGAUAUUAUUUUCGUUGCACCAUUGCCUGCUUCCACACAUGCACAUAGCCAAAAACAUGGUACUUUUGAAAGUGUUCAUAAUUUUGGCAAUGUCAUGCAAAUGCUGAAUUCUAGAUUGGGUCACCAAAGACAAAGAAAAAUCUACUUAAAAUUUACAGCUAAAAUUGGAAGUUCCUUGGUUCCGAUAAUUUUGAUUGUUUUGGUGUUGCAUCAGAGAAUGGAAGGAGCGUUGAACGAAUUAAAAGAUUUGAAAGAGUUUUACGACCCGGACACAGUGGAUUUAAUGAGAUUUAUCAAUGAGAAAACGGGAAAAGGGAGAUCUUUCAGUGGAAGUAUGCAACUUAUGGCUGCAGUGAAAUUGUGUACAGACAGACGAAUAACAAAUCAUCCACAUUACGAAAAUAAAUUAUUGAGACUACGAACAAAGGAGAUCUAUCAAAUUUAUGCCAAGCGAACGCCGAAAGACGUCUAUCAUUUGCUGCGAAAGCAUGGGACUGACUAUGUGAUCUUAGAAAAUAGUAUUUGUUAUUCUCGACAAGAGUUAGGUUGUAAGAUUAAAGAUAUCUUAGAUUAUAAUAACGGUCAUGUUAUAGAGGGUGGAGUUGCCGACAGGGGUCUGGUAAAUAGUGAUGUUUCCCGCUUCUGUCAUGCAAUUAAAUCAGGUGGCGAGGAAUUUAGUUUAUAUUUUAAGAAGAUGUUUGAAAAUAGAACAUUUUAUAUGUAUAAAUUGUUAGGUAGUGGUAGUUAGGGAUAGUAGUGGAUAACGGCUGUACAGGCAUGUACAAUGUGGAAGCCUGCCCAAACUUUUACAUAUACAGAUGAUCUUUUAUGGCUGUUGAGGAUAAAUUGUUUAUACGUUAUAUAGCUAUCAACUAUAAAGGAAUUGACUUCAUUCUAGCUUUCCUAGCUGUAGUAAUGUACCAUGUCGAUAUAGUCAAUGGGACGUUGGUUUGUUUUUCAAUAGUUCAUCAAUAAGUGCAAAUAAGUUACAACUGAACUGUAUCGAAAUUAUAACUAAAAUAUCCAAUCAAAA